CACCUCGCCACACCGCACCGCCAACAAGCGACACAAUAAUAAUAAUAAUUAUUGCUCUGCGAGUUGCACCGCCGCCGCCAAGCUCGUGACAGCACAUAAUUAUUAUUAUUAUUAUUAUUAUUAUUGUUAUCAUUAUCAUUAUGUUCUAAAUGUUCGUGAUAACUGAUAACCUGUUAGCAUUGGCGGUGAAAGCUAAACACGGCCUCUAAGAUGUGAAAUAUAGUUAUAGUAAAACGCACGAACGCGAGACCGAGUUUCGAGGAAUGCGCGACUCGCAUAGCAUUUCGAGUCCGAGUAGCGGUGGCGUGGAGGUAGAAGAGCCGUUUCUCGCGCCCGUUUCACCGCCGACGGUCCGUCGUCAUCGAUCCUCGUCAACGCCGGCACGAACGAUCGUCGCUGCCGAUCAGGUCUUACCGCGGUACGUUUACGUCUCGCAACACAAACACGUGUUGGCUGGCUAGCCCGAGGCCGCCGUUUCGCCGUUUAUUUACUGUUGUCCUAUUGUUCGUCUCGUGUCCCCACAGCGAUGGCCGUCGACUACUUGUUCGAUCCACGCACGCUGGCCGCCGCCACUGCCGCCGACGACGCGACAGGAGACAACCGACUGUCGGUUGACGACGUUGGCUGCAAAUACCGGCUGAGACCCCUGUGCUUGACCGACUUCGGACGCGGAUACUUGGACCUGUUGUCUGAACUGACUGUGACAGGAAACGUCACUCAGCAGAUGUAUUCGAACACUUUUGAUAUGAUGAAGAAAAACAGUGGUACAUAUUACAUAAUCGUUGUUGAAGAUACUGAGGAAAACUGCAUUGUGGCGUCUGGUUCGCUAACUAUUGAAAAAAAGUUCAUACACUCAUGUGGACAACGCGGUAGAAUUGAAGACAUUGUUGUCAACUCUAAAUGCAGAGGACAACGUUUUGGAAAAAUUGUUGUUCAACGUCUAAUUGCUCUGUCACGCGUCCUAAAUUGUUACAAGAUUUCAUUGGAAUGUAAAGAUAGUUACGUGAAUUGGUAUAGCUCAAUGGGUUUUGUGAAAGAACCUGGAAAUUCAAAUUACAUGCAGUUGAGGUUUGAACAACCAUUGCAUUGAACUUUGUUAUUUAUUAUAAACUAGAAUGAUUGUUUAAUGUAUUAUAUUAAUUUUUGAAAAAUACAAUUUACA